AAGCUUCAUGUGAUCAGAUAUUCUAUAAAGCUAAUUAGACAUACUUUUGUCUGGUUUUCAUAAAAGAAGUGAUAUUUACACGAGGUUUUAUUCCAGACACGAUCGCAACACGGACUAAUGCAGGAUGAAACGGACAAUAUUACAAGUUGCGUGUCCACAGUUUGACCAAAACAAUACUGUUCUUACAAACACUACAGCGUCCAUUCCGUUGCUAACAAGCAUUUUGCGAGGCUGUCUUCCGGUAAACGUUUCGUCACUUCCUGUGUAUGUCGAACUUAUAGAAUCUGAUAAAGAAACCGAUGUAAACACAGAUCUCGGUGCUUUGAUGUAUAUUGUCACUGUACUAUUGAUGUACUCGUGUGGAAUCUUCUUCAUGAUCAUGAAAAAUUUGAAAAGAGAAAAGCAUGCAUUGGAGGAGGAAAGAACUCUUGAUGACUUUUUUCGUGGUAUACCUGUUAGUGAGAAAGAACGUGAAAAGGACAAUGUGAAUCGUGUGGCUAUCCAAGCGUUCUACACAAUGACAUCAUGUAAAUUGCAGGAUCUAAAUAAGAUGCCAAUAAUGGAUCAACAAACACUUAACAGUACAUCACUUUGCUACAGUGUUGACACUAUUCCUGAGGAUGAAGAUGAAGAAAAUGAAGAGUUAGAAGACUACGAUAGUGACAGCAACAGCAAUAGUGACACUGAAAUAACUGAAGACUGCAUCAAAUCGCAAAUUAUUACAAACAGCAAUGUGAAUGGUUGAAUGAACUUAAAAUUUGCGGACAAAAUAUGAAAAGGUUAAAAAAAUUCUUAAGAGUAAUUAUUGCUCAUGGUAUUUUAUGCAGUUCUAUAAGGAACCUGAAUAUUAAUUUAGCAAAUGAAGAAAAAAAUUGAUUGGGUAGAUGGACUGAAACAUUAUAUAUUUUAUUAGAGAGUUUAUGUAAUCCGAUGUCAGAAAAAAAUUUCCUGUAUUUUACUUCAGUAGUAAUAAAAUCUCGUCUAAAUUAUAAACAAUAGUUCAGAUUUUCCUUGAGAAUUUCUUUAAAAUUGCAGCAAAUGAGAAAGUAAAUUUACAAGUUAGUAACACUUAUGAAAUGUAACAUAAUUUGUGUUCAGCAAAUUAUACUA